UGGGUUUUGGGUUUUUAAUUCUGUUUAGUUGUUUUGUGGGUUUGAAAUUGUUUAUAAUUAGGGUUUUGGGUCUUAAGUUUUGACCAUUAUUUCUGCUAUUUUGUAAUGUUAGAAAGAGGGAAUCUUUUUUGUUUCUCUGUUGCUUUAGUAUAUUGAUUGAUAUUAUGAUAGCAGUGUUAAUGGAAAAUGUGAUGAUUAUGUAAAAGGUAUGUGGAAAGAUGGAACUUUAUAACUCAUAUUGAUAUGCAUGGAUUUGUAAUUUUCUGUUGUUCACUGAAUUAUUCUUGGAUGUGUACUAUGGUCUCAUUUUAGGCUUUUCAUGGUUACUUGUGAUGAUAUUUUCGAAAAUUUUCCUGCGUUUUUGAAGUCGACAUGAUUGCUAGCAUGAAAUUUGUUUUGAUUGGUUUGGUUACUGCAGAAUUACAGAGACUUCAUUUUCUUUUUCAUGUUUUGCAAUAACAUUUUAGCUAUCACCAUUUCAUUUUUCUUUGAAGCCUCUGAUUGUAAAAGUUGAAUCUUAACUUGUUUGUUCGAUGUGAUUAUUUUGUUAACUUCAUGUGAAAGAAUGCUGCUAGUACUUUGUUUCCUUCCUCACUUCCAUCUUCAAAGUUAAUCCUUCAUUUGUUAGAGCCUUUGCAUUCAUGUCUUCAUGCAAGCAAACCCACUUAUUUUGUGAAAUUUGACAUCCGUUAUGAAAUAUCAUAGUUUGAUUGCUUUCAAUUCCUUCCCUUUUUUGGCCUAGUCAGAUUUAGAUUCUUAAUUGGUCUAAUUUGAUAAAACUACUGCAGGAACCAUUAGGGGGUGGGAAAUGAGUUUCUUGUCUGGCAGUUAAGAGAUCCUGGAGGAAGACUACAAGAUUCUGGAUUUUAUUGCUGAUGGACUGCAACAAGGAAGAGGCCAUCAGGGCCAAAGAUAUUGCGGAGGAGAAGAUGCGAAAUAAGGAUUUUUCAGGUGCUCUUAAAGUUGCAGCCAAAGCCCAAAAACUUUUUCAGGAUCUGGAGAAUAUAUCUCAGAUGAUAAUGGUGUGUGAUGUGCAUUGUGCUGCUGAUAAAAAAUUGUUUGGUAAUGAGAUGGAUUGGUAUGCCAUACUUAAGGUUGAGCCAACUGCUGAUGAAGCUACAAUCAAGAAGCAGUAUAGAAAAUUUGCCCUACAACUUCACCCAGAUAAGAAUAAGUUUCCUGGUGCGGAAGCUGCUUUUAAGCUGAUUUCGGAUGCACAAAGAACUCUUUUGGAUCAAGGUAAAAGAUCUGCCUAUGACAUGAAACGCAAAGUGACUGUUAAUAGACCAGCUCCAGCAGCAGCAUGUCGGCCCCCACAGAAGCCAAGUUGGUACCCGCAUGCAACAGCUGCUCAGAAUAAUUUUCGUGCCAACUUUCCUGGCUUGAAUUCUCAACAGAAGUCGCAACAGCCGCAACAGCAACCAACUCAAACAGGGUUCUCCAAUGACCGGGCCACUUUCUGGACCAAGUGUCCACACUGUACAGUUAGGCACCCAUAUCAUACAGAAUUACUUCACAAAUCUCUUCAUUGUCAAACUUGCAACAAGACCUUCUUUGCCUAUGAUUCUGGUGCAGUUCCACAGGCAAGUAACAGGAGUCAGCCAAAAGUUCCUCAACAAAGGGUUGUUCAGAAUCAGGGUGCUUGCAAAGUUGAUCAAGGAUCUCAAAAGUAUUUCACUGCUGAGAAUGUUUUUACUGCCUUUUCUGCAAAUGCAGCUCCCACUUCUGAGGUUGGAACGGAAAAGGUGAAUGGUAAAAGAGGAAGGAAGCAAACUGUUGAAUCUCGUGAAAGCAGCAGUGAGUCUAAAGAGGAUAAGGUGGUUGAUGACAAUGGUGAUGUUCUGGCUGGAAAGAAGUUUGAUUCUCAAUUAGAGCAAAAUGUGCGAAGAUCUGGUAGGCAUAAGCAACAUGUUUCUUAUAUGGAAAAUUUAAGCGAUGAGGAGGGCAUGGUUAGUCAUCCAAAAAAGGCUAAGGGAAGUGGAUCACCCUGUGAAACUGAAGAUGGUGAAGAAAUGCCAAAAGAAUACAAGUCUACUCACAAAAAUCAGUCUGGCUUAGCUGGUGAAGUGAAAGAAGAUAAGAAAGCAAUGGACCGUAGAGAAGGUAAAAGUUUUGAGGCAAGCAUACCAAAUGGUAAGAAGGAAAUUGGGAAAGAAUUUGAAAAGGAAGAGGCCCGGCUUUUAGCAUGCCCUGAGCCAGAGUUUAAUGACUUUGACAAAGAUAAGAAAGAAGGGUGUUUUGCAGUAGGGCAGAUUUGGGCUUUGUAUGAUCCGCUGGAUGCCUUGCCUAGAUUCUAUGCUCGGAUCAGGAAAGUCUUCUCUUCUGGGUUCAAGCUGAGGAUAACCUGGCUAGAACCAGACCCAGAUGAUGAGAAUGAAAUAAAAUGGGUCAGUGAAGGUUUACCGGUUUCUUGUGGUAAGUUCAAACAUGGGGACUCUGAAAACACUGAAGAUCGACUUAUGUUUUCCCAUUUGCUAUGUUGGGAAAAAGAAACCUGUAGAGGUAUCUACAAGAUAUAUCCAAGAAAGGGAGAAACCUGGGCUGUUUUUAAGAACUGGAAUAUCAAAUGGAAGUCUGAUACUGGCACUGACCAGAAAUAUGAAUAUGAAUUUGUUGAGAUCUUAUCAGAGGAUGCUGAAGGUGUAGGUAUACAUGUUGCUUACUUGACUAAGGUGAAAGGCUUUGUGAGUGUCUUCUGUCAAUUGAGUAAGGAUGGAGUUGAUACAUUUCUAAUUCCACCCAGUGAACUAUUCAGGUUUUCCCACAGGGUUCCGUCCUUUGUACUGUCUGGUAAAGAGGGAAAAGGGUUGCCAAAGGGUUCCUUUGAACUCGAUCCAGCUUCUUUGCCUGAAGAAAUUGUUGUUCCCAAGGACUUGAAGGUGGACUGUGAUAGCAUACAUCUUGAUAGUUCAUUUUCAAGUAAUUCAGAAAUAGUGAAGCCAAUGAUGGGAUCUGGUAAAACUGCUCUUCCUGAUUCAACCUCAAAUGCCUUUGAAAUUCCAGAAUCAGAAUUUUACAAUUUUGAUACUGAUAAAUCCCCGGAAAAGUUUGUCAUUGGUCAGAUCUGGGCAUUGUAUUGUGAUGAGGAUGGCUUGCCAAAGUAUUAUGGUGAGAUUAAGAAAAUUGAAUCCAAGCCAGUUUUCAAAAUACACGUGAGAUGGCUUCUUCCUUGCAUAUCGCAGUUAGUACUCGGUUGGUAUGAUACAAACAUGCCCUCUUGUUGUGGGAGAUUUAGGAUUAAAAGGGGUUCCCAGGUCUAUACCUCUACCGAUUCCUUUUCUCAUAAGUUAAAAGCAGAACCUACUGGUAGGAAGGAUGAAUAUGCCAUCUUACCUAGAAAAGGUGAGAUCUGGGCAUUGUAUAGGAACUGGACUCCUAAUAUUAAAUGCUCUGACUUGGAGAACUGGGAAUAUGAUAUAGGGCAGGUUAUUGAGGAAACUGAAUGGUGCAGAAAGGUUUUAAUCUUAGAGCGUGUCGGUGGCUUCAAUUCUGUUUUCAAGCCCCAAGUAAAAGGGGGAUCUAAUGUUACAAUUGAAAUCACUCAGACGUAUCAGCUUAGGUUCUCUCAUCAGAUUCCGUCUUUCCAGCUAACCGAAGAGAGAAAUGGCAGCCUAAGAGGAUUCUGGGAACUUGAUCCUGCGGCAUUGCCUGUUUAUUAUUUUUCUUGUUAGUUUUGAGUAGCAAGUUAAGAAGUCUGAUGCUGUCUCUUUAUGUUUUUUGUACACUACAUGCUCUUCCGUUCAGAGGGUACUUUUCCCACUAGACUGAUGUCUAGAACAGAACAACUCUGGGAGAGUCUCAAUUACUUGGGUCUAACUUAAAGUGCUUAAUAGCAUUGAAUCAUGUUUUGAUGUGAAAUGUAACAUCAAUAUCUUCUGAGUUUUGAGCAUUGAAUGUAAUUCUCUGGCCAAUUUGUCGAAGGAACUGUUUAGAGUGUAAACGAAUCGAAUUAUAUUGAGAAA